UCCUCACAUUCACCUCCCUCACCGAGCAGAACACCGGCCAAUGCUUCACACUGCCGCUGCCCUGCGUGUCUGUCCCAUACGUGGGAAGCACAACAAAACCAAGGGCUUCACUUGAGGAAGUGCACCGGAGAGAGAUAAGAAAAGAGACGGCAAUCCUUUUGAAACUCAUUUUGCAUUUUUACUGUUUGCCACCGGACGAGGUGCUCCGGUUUCAGCGAAAUUCUCGGAGGACAAAGAAACAACACCUCGGAGAUAUGAACGAGUCUCUGGUGGUGAACGACUCCUCGGCGACUCUCUUGGCUGGAGAAGCUCUCCCAUGGAUGGAGGCUGAUUCUCCGGAGCUGAACAGCAGCCUGCAGUUCUCCACCGCGCGGUUAGAUUUCCCCAUCAACCCAUGGGACAUUAUGCUCUGCAUGUCAGGCACUGUCAUCGCCUGUGAAAACGCCAUCGUGGUAGCAAUCAUCUUCUACACGCCGACACUCAGGACUCCCAUGUUUGUGCUGAUUGGGAGCCUGGCCACAGCGGACUUGCUCGCCGGCAUAGGAUUAAUCCUGAACUUUGUGUUUCAGUAUGUGAUCUCCUCUGAGACUAUCAGCCUUAUCACUGUUGGCUUCUUGGUGACAUCUUUCACUGCGUCUAUCAGCAGCCUUUUGGCCAUAACAGUGGACCGGUACUUCUCCCUCUACAACGCCCUGACUUAUUUCUCAGAGAAGACGCUGCAGUACGUACACUUGAUGUUACUGGGGACCUGGGGGGUGUCUCUGUUUUUGGGCUUGCUGCCUGUGCUCGGCUGGAACUGCCUGGACGAUCCAGCCUCCUGCAGCAUAGUUCGACCUUUGACCAGGAUCAACGUCACAAUCCUUGCCACCUCCUUCUUUGUCAUCUUCGUGCUCAUGCUGGCCCUCUAUUUCAAGAUUUGCAAGAUUGUGUGCCACCACGCCCAGCAGAUCGCCCUCCAGCAGCACUUCUUUGCCACGCCGCAUUAUGUCGCCACUAAGAAGGGGGUGUCCACGUUGGCUAUCAUCUUAGGGACAUUUGGUGCCAGUUGGCUGCCCUUCGCCAUCUACUGCCUGGUAGGCGAGAGGGAGUAUCCUUCAGUGUACACGUACGCUACACUGCUGCCAGCCACCUACAACUCCAUGAUCAACCCCAUCAUCUACGCCUACAGAAACGCAGAGAUCCAGCGCUCCCUCUACGUGCUUCUCUGUGGCUGCUUUCAGACCAACAAGGCCUACCGGUCAAGAUCACCAAGUGAAGUUUAAACAUAUGCUAGGGCUCUUAUUGUGUGAAUGUAUUUGUGUGUGUGAUUAAAAGACAGAGCAAAAAAGACAAAUGGUCCUUUGACCGCUGAAAAUCUGUUUUCAGUUGACAGUAAAUGCAUACUGUAUCUGCACUUUACAACAUUUCAACACAAGUUAGGAUGAGAUUCGUGAAAAUUCUGUGAACAAAAACCUGUGAAAAAGUACAAAUGUGAAUGUAGUUGGAUGACAAAAAGGAAUGGGAAAUCUUGCACUUUAGUCCAUGUUUUUUUAAAUGCCAAAGCAGUAUUGUACAGCCCUUGUUGUGUUUAAACGUAUACACCUGUGAGUACUGUGAGCCAUUUUUCUAUUUUGUAUGAUAUUGUCUUUGAU